GCAUCAUAAAUAAUAGUAAGAGGAUGAUGGUAACUGGGUCCAGGUUAUGGAAUUGAAUUCAUUUAGGAAUCUUCAUGUGAUUAAAUUUCACAGUGACUAACUUUGCUUGCAUGUGUCUAUUUAUAUCUACUUUCAACAUCCUAGUGGAACCAACUCCAAACUUUCCUUUCUACAUUCUUAACUUCCCAACACCAUUUUUAUCCCUCUCUAUUUGAAGCUAAGAACAUGAAGCUAAGUUUUCACUCUGGAGCUCUACUCCUUUUCUUUUUCUUCCUAGUUUGCUCCUCAACACUAUCUGCCAGGUCACUAACCAGUGAACAAGGGAAAAACAUAAAGGUGGAUAUAGAUUCAGAGGAGAAAUCUGUUUUGGGGUUGGAAGGAGACAACUUUUUUAAGCAGCUGCUGGGGAUAGAACACUGCAAAUUUGGAGAUGAAGAAUGUUUACAGAGAAGAAUGGAUUUAGAAGCUCACCUGGACUACAUCUACACCCAGCACCAUAAGCCUUGAAAUCAGAAAUCUUUUCCUUUUAUAUUUGAAAGAGUAAUGUCUUCGUGGUUAAGAUUAGAUGAUAUUAAUUAUUAAGCUAGGAUAUCUUUUGCUGUUUUUGUUUUCAUUACAACAUUUGGGGCUUUGCAGAAAGGCUUAUUGAAGUGGUAUGAUUGUAUCCUCUGUUUGAUUUUAACAUAUACAAUAGAAACUUAUAUUUUUUUUAA